UUGGCGCGAAGCCUUGCGCGGGACUUCUGGGAAGGGAAAAUGACAGCCCCAGGCUUGCGGCCGAUCACCCCCAAGCUACUGGAGCUUACCGGGGCGUUGCGGCUCGUGAACCGAGCUUGCAGCACGUUCCAAACCUUCGCGGAAGUUCUCAGGCUGCCCAAGAGACAAAUGACGAAGCUCGCGUUUCCACUACAGGAACUCCAGCGGCAGCUCACUCCAGACGCCAGGUUGGACCUUCACGUGAAGAUCUUCGACCCGAGCUUGGAGGACAUCUCCAAGGCGGAGAGCGUCUUCACGGCCACCGGCCGCAACCGCAUCGAGUACCUCAGCUCCGCGGUGCGUCUCGACCACGCCCCGGACCUCACCCAACCUGAGGUGUGUUUUAUAGGCAGAAGCAAUGUUGGAAAAUCCUCUCUAAUAAAAGCCUUAUUUUCCCUGGCCCCAGAGGUUGAAGUCAGAGUCUCCAAGAAACCGGGGCACACAAAGAAAAUGAAUUUUUUCAAAGUUGGAAAAUAUUUUACAUUGGUGGACAUGCCAGGUUAUGGCUAUAGAGCUCCCGAAGAUUUUGUUGACAUGGUAGAGACCUAUCUAAAAGAACGAAGGAAUUUGAUGAGAACAUUUCUGUUAGUGGAUAGUGUUGUCGGAAUCCAAAAAACCGACAGUAUUGCCAUAGGAAUGUGUGAAGAAUUUUCAUUACCUUAUGUGAUGGUAUUAACAAAAAUUGACAAAUCUUCCAAGGGACAUCUUUUAAAACAAAUGCUUCAGAUCCAGAAAUUUGUUGACAGUGAAACACAAGGAUGUUUUCCUCAGUUGUUUCCUGUAAGGCUGAGUUCCACCCUAGAAUGGAUCAUUUUUAGAUGGCUACAGGUCUUUAAAGGACCUUAAUGUAGAAACCCUUCCAACCAUUCUUUCCUUAGGAAUACUUAACUUCUCCCACAGCUCUCAAUCAAAACUUGUUCUUGUUGAUCUUUACAGCCUUUUUUGUCUAAAAUUGUUAUGAUGGGCAUCUAUUAUUUUUUCAAUAAAAAUAUAAAACCCUAAGGCAUCUGACUUCAUUAUAAUGCUUCAAGUAAUACUGACUCACAGUCAAAGAUAACCACCCUUAAGCAGUUCUGUGAACCUAAGAAUCAGAGGGAAAGGAAGAAAUCAAUACAUGGAAAGUCUGGCAUUCACGAACGAACAUUACCUAACCCUAAGCCCAGAGCCUGGUGUGUGUACUUCUGCUCUCACACCCUCAUCCUGCUGCCCUGAAGCUGUGGGGAGACUGGCUGUCUCUCCUACCAGAGCAGGAGUGAGAGCUAGUGCUCCAUGAGGAUUAAGUCUAUCUUACACAAUGCAUCCCCUGGCUUAGCAUACCACAAACACUCCUAAGGCUUUCUGAAUGAACAAAUGGAAUGGUGAAGAAUAUAAAUGAAUAAAUCCAAUUAACCAAGUUAACUUUCUUCUUCCCAGUGAUACAGCUGUGACCAACAAAAGCAACAAAACUGCAGUUUGAACAGAUCCUUCUUUUAGCCUCCCUAGGGGGGGCUAUCCCAUUUUUCAAAAAGCUAACUUGAAUAUAUAUAUACUUUUGCCCUAAA